AUGAGCAGAUCUGUGCUAAGAAAAGGGGUCAUCAGCUGCAAUGAGUGCGGCUCAAAGGUCCCUCUGUUAGGCUCAGGUGCUUCACUGGACUCGCCAUCUGAUUCACUGGAUUCUCAGCACCAUGUCAAGAUCUCUCUUCAUGGCCAGCCUUCUCGCUUCUUGAGAGACGACUGGGAAUUCGCGGGAUGGGGACAGACAAUAAGACUCGAGAUUCCCACAGCCUUCCCACAAACAGAACCACUACCAAAGAAGCUAGGCAUGUGGCACGCCACAGCUAUCGCAGCAAAUGAUCUUACCAGCAGUGUCUUCUUCUCUGUUGGACUCGCCAUCACAGUGUCCGGCCAAUACGCACCGAUCUGUAUGUUUCUCUCCGGACUCUCACUCAUACCACUACGAUACGUACUAGCUGAAAUAGGAGAAGCUCUGCCCCUUAACGGAGCAAUGUAUUCUACGCUUGUAUCAAUGAGUAAACUAUCGGCUAUAUGGGCUGCUGGAGUCCUCGCAAUGGACUAUACAACAACAGCAGUAGUCAGUGCGGCAUCAGCUGCGUCCUAUUUGAUGACUAUGACCAGCACCGUACAGAGUGCUUGGAUUGUGCCGCUGAUAUUGGUCGUGUUUUGUAUCAUAACUGCUAUUGGAUUACGAGAGUCUUCAGGGCUCGCUCUGAGUAUAUUCAUUCUACACAUUUUGACCAUGUUGGGAAUCAUUAUCCUGUCAAUCGUAUUCAUGGCAUCAGGACACGGGUUUGGUGUACUCUUAGACAAUUGGAACUCACCUGCACCAUCAGGCAACAUUGCUAGAGAUAUCCUAUUCGGAUGGGCAGUCGCCUUCUUGUCUAGCACAGGCUUUGAAACGUCUGGAAACUACAUAGAAGAUCAAGCUCCAGGCGUCUUUCCAUUGACAUUGCGGAAUAUGACGUAUCUCUCGCUCUUCUUCCCACCACUACUCACAUUCCUGACUUUAUGUGUGCUGCCCAGGGACGUCGUUGUACAGAAUCCUUCGACGGUUUUGAGUGCAGUGGCAUCAGCAGUGUCAAGUCAGCUUGGCUUUUUGGUCUCUUUGGAUGCAAUUAUAGUGCUUUGUGGAGGAGUUCUUACCUCAUUUGUUGGUAUUGGAGGCUUAGCACAUCAUCUCGCAGGCGAUGGACUGUUGCCACGAGCAGCUACUAAAAAGAUGCCGCCCUUUGGAGGCUAUCCAGCUAUAUCAAUUGGAUUCUUCUUGAUAUGUGGAACAUUAUUCCUGAUAUCCAACGGAGACAUGACGAUAUUAUCUCUAGUAUUCGCAAUGUCAUUCUUAAUGGUGUUGCUAUUAUCAACCAUGGCAAAUCUGUUUCUCAAAUAUCAGAGAGGCAGACUACCACGAACAGUAGAUGCAUCGCUUCAUACAGUACUCUUAGGACUCGCCAUUCUAAUAACCGCGAUAGUCGGUACCGCUGUGCAAAACACUUCAGCUGUCGUUGUCUUUUUUGGAAUGUGGUGUACUAUAGUGCUUUGCUUCUGGAUUGUCUCGAGGCGGGUCGCCAUAGCCAAGAUCAUCCUCUUCUUACUGGAGAGAACAAAGGAUGCUCGGAUUGAGGCCUACUCGUCUCGUUUGAUUCGGUAUAUUCAAGCAGUGAGGAAUCAGCCAGUUGCCUUCUUUACCAAUCAUGACGAGAUUCAUGUUUUGAACAAGGCUCUUCGGUACAUGGAUACAAACGAGUCAGCAACUGCACAUAUGAAGGUGGUUCACAUGUUUGAAGAUGAAGCCACCAUACCACCAUCACUCGAGUUUAACAUUUAUAUUCUUGAUCACGUAUACCCAAAGAUCAAGGUAGAUUUGGUGCUGGUUCGUGGAAAGUUUGAGCCGGAUUCACUCAAAUGGGUAGCAGAUCAGCUUGGUAUACCAGUGAAUCUUUGCUUUAUCGCAACUCCUGGAGUCAGUUCGCACCCUAUAGGUGAUUUCAAGGGUGCCAGAGUUAUUAUGCUUUAG